AAAAAAAGCGCGAUGGCCGACUGGCGCAGUAGAUCCUGAACAGCGACCGUCACCAGCCCCAUGGGAUCUUCUGGGUUGGGAUCGUAACCGUCGUGGGGAGAUGAGGGUGCAGAAAAUGUGACUUCCCAGCAAAAUGAAACCGGGUGGUUUGAAAAGCGGCAGCAAAGGACAGUUUCCCUGUGACAUGCAAGAAAGAAGGGAAAGAAGCAACUCUCCCCUAAAAAGUAUAAAGAAAGAUUCUACAAAGCCUGAUAAACCAAAAUGCAAACCACUUACUGGGAAAGUGUUCUAUCUUGAUAUUCCAUCUAACACCCUCUGUGAUAAAAUUGCAAAAGAUCUUAAGGAACUAGGAGGGAGAGUUGAAGGAUUCCUCAGCAAAGAUAUUAAUUACUUGAUCUCUAAUAAAAAAGAAGCAAAAUUUGCAGCCCUUGGACAAGUAUCUCCAGUCCCAAGCCCAGAAUCUGUAUGUAAUGUUGGAAACACUUCACCUCAUCCAAGCAGCAGAAGAGACAGGACUGAUGGUAGUACAUUUAAGCUGAUGGACACGGUGCGCAUGAGUAGAGGAAAAUCUUUAGUGGAAAAGGCAAUCAAGGAUCAGGAAUUGAUCCCUUCUGGUAGUAUACUCUCAAAUGCCUUGAGUUGGGGAGUGAAAAUACUUCACAUUGAUGAUAUUAGGAACUAUAUUGAGCAAAAGAAAAAAGACCUCUUUUUGGUUAAGAAAACAAGCACAGAAGCCAACAAUGUCGAGAGAGGAUCUGCAGAUCAAAAAGUAAAAAGUAAACUGAAAAAUCCUUUUCUGAAGGUAGAGGACAGAAGGUGUCGCUAUAGACCAUUUUACCUUCAACUGUCCAGCUUCCCUGUUGUCAACUAUUCUAAUCCAAGGCCUUGCAGCCCAUUUGAUGUAGAAAAGAAAAAUGCUCAUGGCCAGAAGCACAUUCACAAUAAACAAAGAAACCCUACAAAUAGUGAUAGAGAAAAACGCCCGAAUCAGGUUCCUCCAAAGCAUAAAAGGAGAAAAGGAUAUUGUGAAUGCUGUAUGAAGAAAUAUGAGGAUCUUCAUGCACAUAUUGAAAGUGAACAGCAUCAGAAAUUUGCAAAGAGUUCUCAGUAUCAAGUAGUGGAUGAUAUUAUUUCCAAGUUUUCUUGUGACUUUUUAGAACUGAGAGAAAACACACCAAAUGUUAAAAGGCGCAAAUGUAAUGUUGGACAGUUUGCUCCUCUCAUUGGAACAAAAAAAGACGAACAGAAAGAAAGACUGAUGAGACGAGAUAUUCCAUUGAGAUGGUAUUCUCGGGAAAGCAUGGCAAUGGAAACCUUGAAAGAAGGUUCUGAAUACAUAGAUGGAUAUACUAAGUCUACACAAAACCAUUUUACCUCUGAACCUUCAUGUUCUGUUUGUUCUUCUCACGCCUUCUGUUCUUCAGAAACAUCAAGAAAACUAAAUGACAAUACUGAAAAAACCAGAACACCUAAAAAUUUAAACUUGAAAGAAUUAGUUUUAUCAACAAAUUCAGUACAGCUACAUCUUCCAAAAGAAAGUACAGCAUAUAUGAAAAACUUGCCAGAAAUUUAUGAACACUGUGAAACACUAUCAAGACAGAAUACAUUGGGAUUGUCAGCAAAUAUAAACUCACUACAUACUCAGAUCCAAGCAUCUGAGUACAGUGAAAGAAAUAACACAUUAAAGUCAAAACGAAAAUUGAGUAAUGCAAUUCUUCUGCCAGCAAAAUGUUUGAAGAAAGUAGCUACUCAUUUACCAAUUGACAAAGAAUUUGUUGACUGUAAUGUGGCAAGCCAUUUUCCAAGAGAACUUUCAGUUGCUUUAGAGUCAGAAAAGCCACCCCAUAGUUUUCUUGCAAACAAGGAUCCAGUUUUGUUGACAGAUAUUAAUAUACAAAGCUCACCUAAAAUAAAACCCAAUAAAAAUGUCAUACAUUCCAUAGGAUGGAAUAAAAAAGGAAAUCAGAAACAAAAUAUGGAAUUAUGCUUACAACAGGCAGAGAAGCCACCUGUUCUAGAAGAAACAAAUGAACAAAGCUCAUCAACCCAAGCUAUGUUACAAUUGUUUCAGACCAGUGAUGCAAAUUUAGAUUUUAGGGGGUUUUCAAGUAUGCAAGAGAACAAAGAUUCAAGUUUAAUGAAAAAUAGUUGGGAAGACCAGCAUACAGAUGCCCUCUGGUCUUUGUUUUCUACGUCUGUCUCUUCGUCACCAUUUACUGAAUUUUAAUGUUGCUUUAUUUAAAACAAUGGGUAUAGAAUAAACGUGCAAAUUGAAAAAAAAAUGUGAAUAUGUGUUUUUAUAAUAAAUGAUUAUAAUAAUGAUUGUUUAAACCACUAUGUGCAUAUUAUUCCAUCUGGGCCUACUAUUCAUUAUUUCACUAACUGCAGACAGAAAGCUCUCACAGAAUCCUUAUAAUAAAUAAAUUCUUAUAAGAUUCUAUUUUUACAUAUGUAUAUAAUUUACUCGAGGCAUUUGUUGCCUUGACUUAGCACAUAUAUUCUAGAGUAUAUAUGAUUUGUGAUUUUCAGAUGCAAUGGACAACAUUUUCAUUUAGGCAUCCGAAGUAAGUGCCUUAAAUGCCUAGUAAUUUGAACAAGGCUCUUAAAUGUAUAUUACAUUAUAUUUAUAUUAUUUGUCAUUUGUGUAAGAGGUCAUUAUACAAAUGUAAUAAAUU